AUGCCUGUCACAAUCAAGACAACAGCGCAUGGGGCAAACCUCACCCGCCCCCCGCAAGCCCUCGACCAUGCCAAGCAGAUCCUUGACCGCAUCGAUCCGGACAGGCGCCAUGGCGACCUGAUUCAGUCGUCCUUCGAUGCGGACGGGAUUCCAGGUGUGCUACAAGCUGAGAACAAUGGCUUUGUGAGCCUCGUGACGACUGCCUACGGUCUCCACCGCCGCCUGCGCAUCCGACCGGAAGAUUUAUGGCUGGCCAUCAUUAAUUAA